GCGGAGUAAGGGCUAAGGGGUCAUUUAUAAAGAAAAACCCAUCCUCUUUAUCGCCUCCAGUUUUGUUCUUCUUCUUCUUCGUCUUCUAGGGUUUUCUCUCAGACGCUAAGCAAUGGCUGACGAAGCGCAGUAUUCAUCUGCUCCUGAUACUGCAUCCAACAAGCGCAAGUACGAGGACCAGCCUCCACCCAUGCUCACGCGCCGCCCCACUGGUUUCUCCGCCCCGAUCACUUCUCCCUCUUCUGAUUCCGCACAUCCUCCCCCUCCUUCGUACAACAACGUCCCGCCCCCUAUGGACGAGAUCCAGCUUGCUAAGCAGCGUGCUCAGGAGAUUGCCUCUCGGUUGAUUAUCUCCAGCGGCGGCGUGGCGGCCGGUGCUGGCCCUGGUGUUGGGGCUGAUGCCAAGCGCCCCAGGGUCGAGAACGGCGGCGGGUUUGAUUCCUACGACAAGGGUUUUAGUUCUGGUCCAGACCUGAAGCCUCAUAUGUCAAGUUCGGCUCCUUCGGCAAUACCUGUUUCCUAUGGAUUCCAAGGGACAAGCAAGAAAAUUGAUAUUCCAAAUGGUAGAGUGGGUGUGAUUAUUGGUAAAGGUGGAGAGACCAUCAAGUACCUUCAGCUCCAGUCUGGGGCAAAAAUCCAAGUUACUCGUGACAUGGAUGCAGAUCCCAAUUCAACUACCCGGAUGGUUGAGCUAAUGGGUACUCCUGAUCAAAUUUCUAAGGCUGAGCAGCUGAUAAAUGACGUUCUUUCUGAGGCUGAAUCUGGAGGUUCUGGCAUAGUAUCGCGAAGAUUAACUGGUCCAUCAGGAUCUGAGCAGUUUGUUAUGAAAAUUCCUAAUAAUAAGGUUGGCUUGGUUAUUGGUAAAGGUGGUGAAACAAUCAAAAGUAUGCAAGCAAGGACUGGAGCACGCAUUCAGGUUAUUCCUUUGCACUUGCCCCCUGGGGAUACAUCUAUGGAAAGAACCUUGCAGAUUGAUGGUUCAAGUGAACAGAUUGAGUCAGCAAAACAAUUGGUUAAUGAAGUGAUCAGUGAGAAUCGUGUGAGAAAUUCGACUAUGUCAGGAGGAUACAAUCAGCAAGGUUAUCAAGCUCGACCACCUACAAGUUGGGGCCCUCCUGGGGCUCCACCAAUGCAGCAACCUGGUUAUGGCUAUGGACAGCAAGGUGGAUACUCGGGUCCUUCAUCUCAGUAUAACAUGCCACAACCUCCUUUCCAAGGUUAUUCACAAUCGGCAUCGGGUGGAUAUCCUUCCAAUUGGGACCAGUCAUCUGUUCCACCAAAUCAACCCGCUUCACAGGGAAGUGGUUAUGAUUACUAUAGUCAGCAGCCUCCUCAGCAACAGCAGACAUCAGGAGGUCCUGGUGCUACAGGAGACAACAGUGGUGGUUACAGUUAUGGUCAACAACAAGCCUCUACUUAUAAUCAACAGGGCUAUGCUCAAGAUGGGUAUGGUGGUGGAUACCAUGCACCUCAAUCUGGUUAUGGCCAGCCGCCUACAUAUGAUCAGCAAGGUUAUAGUUCUGCUGCAAACUAUGGUAAUGUGGCCAACACGGCCCAAGAUGGGCACACUUCAUAUGGAUCUCAGGCGGACUCAUCACAGACAGUCCCUCCUUCACAACCCUCUUCAGUGAGCCAGCAAGGUUAUGCUGCAAAUCAACAGCCUAGCCCUAACCCAGGGAGUUACCCUCCACCAACUCAGCCAGGGUAUGGAAUGACUGCACCUUCUCAAACCGGCUAUGGUAAUCAACAAGCUGCUCAAACUGGGUAUGGAGCUGGGUAUGGACCUCCUCAAACUCAAAAACAGCCUGCAAAUCCUCCAGCUUAUGGUCAGAGCACUCAGUCGCCGACCACCCCAAGUGGCUAUGCACAACCUGGAUAUUCCAGUUCUCAGCCACCUGCAACUGGAUACACUCAACCGGAUUCUGGUUCUCAACGUGCCCCACCAUCCGGUUAUGGUUCUGCAGCUCAGCCAGGGUUUGCACCACCGCCUUAUAGCGUUCCUCCGACAAACCAGUCGAGUUACGGGCAAGCUCCACCAACUUAUAACACCUCUUAUGGUGCUGGUUACCCUCAGCCCCCAUAUUCUUCUGAAAGUAAUGCAGGUGGGGCUGCUCGUGGGGGCUAUGAUUCUGCAUCGGCUGCUCAGACGGUGCCACAAAGCGGUGUUGCAAAAGCAUCACCAAAAAGUUGAUAAAUGUAUGUGUCCAUUUAAAUGUCUGUUGCAGAGACCAGUUUACUUGGUUCCCAAGGAUAGUUUUUGUUAGGUCGGGUAGUGUGUUACGAGACCUUAUUAAUGUCUGAAUUCUUUACUGUAUUUGGUUUUGGUAUGGUUAAAACGUUGAUGGAGUUUUUGUCAUUUCA